AUGAACCCCAUAAAUAAGGACACCAAUUCAUAUCCUAUUUCCUCGAAUUCCCGCUCGAAGCUGAAUGCUUUUCGGUACAUCAGAGAUGAUAAAAGUAUUGAAAAAUCACCGUCUAAGAGAUCCCCGUCCAAAUCGCCGUCCAAAUCGUCCAUAAAGCCAGCACAUGCGAACAAGGAGAAUCAAUCAUCGUGGCUGAAUGGUGUCACUCAUUCAGAUCAAGCCGAUUCGACCAAAAGAGAAGCUUCGGUUGAUAAAUCAGAUGCGAAGGCAACCAAGGAAUGCCCUCAAACUCCUGGAAAUAGGAUUCCAUUGGCAGAUUUGAUUAGCAAUACUGAAGAUGCCAUCAGCCAAGCCCCAGCGCCAGAGUUUACACCUGAAGACUAUGUCAUUUGGCAGCAUGUCCCCGUGAGUUCAAACCCGGACACGAUGUCUCAAACGCCUGCAACACAAGCCAGAAAACGCCGGCAUAUCUCUUCACCAACCAGUUCGCCCUUGGCUGGAAAUUCGAAAGGUGCAGAUCAAGAAUCUCUUGACAUGCAUACGCCAUUGCAAGGGCUUCAAAGGACUCCACAGAACGACCUCGCUACCGAACUAUGGAACAACUAUGUGGGUAAACUCACUGCCAACGGCAAUGGAACUCUACCACCACCUCAGUUCACACACCUUCUUUCCUCCUCACCACAGACUCCCGCACCGGCCAGGACAGGUCGCGAUUCAUCUGGCUUAAGACGAUCAAAUAGUUGCAAUGCCGAAUGGCCCAGUUCUAAAGCUAAACGAAGGAGGGUCGAUGGCGGAGGCAUUGGCACAGGCCGCGGCAUCUUUUCUCGGACAAGAAGCAAUGUCGUUGACUCGGGAGGUAUCAAUUCGUCUAAGAUCAAUUUUCUCGUGGAAAGGAUCGAAAAGAGUCUCCGAGAUGCGCCCAAGUCACCGAAAUCCCACAUCGUUGCAGCCGAUUCAUCGCCUGUGCCUAGAUGCAAAGGCAUGCAACGAAGUCGGUCAGCGUCUCCCAUGCAAGAUAGACCUGGCCACCAUUCUUCAUCUAAAGCAAAUCGGGUUAACAAGGCCAGUGAAGUCUAUCCUGAACCCCAAGACAAAGAGCAGGCCUCUUCGUCUGAGUUCGGGGACGACGACUUUGAUCAAGGGUUUUUUGAACUUGCAGAAGCCUCUAUGGAUCCAUUUGUUGACCAUGGUAGCUUACCAGGCGCAAUGGAUACUGGGGGAGAUACGACGUUCCUUUCGACGAACGCCAACGAGCCACAUAAUGCAAAGCAAAACCCCCAUGCCCAUCCAACGACUCUGAAUUCAGAAGCGGGACCUAACGAGAAAAUGGACUAUUCCCUCAAUACGGCUGACUUUGAUGAUGAUGAUGAAUUUGAUGACUUUUCGGAUAAUAUAGAUGAAAUCCUUGCCGAGUGCGACGCGGCUCCAAAUAAGAAGCUAGUGAGGCCCAUCCCAAAGAAUAAUACGGCCUCCAACCUAUCUGGACUGGAAAGUGGCACAGAGAGCUCGUCUACGGUGAUGGUGAAGCCAGUCCAAGGGGUGAACGUGCCACAGGGGGAAUCCUCUAGUGACGAGUUUAACGAUGAUGAAUUUGACAUGGAGGCUAUCGAGCAGUCUAUGAGACAGUCAGGUGCCGAUGGAGCAAACUAUGUUUGUCACUCUUAUCGGCAAGCCAUCAAGCGCUACUUGAUUGUUGAUAUUGCUGAGUCUACCUAUACUACCGAAAAGGGGCGCCUCCAGCCAGAAAAGGUGUUGUCUGUACAAGAUGAAAGAACCUCUCAGAAGAAGGCCGUUGUCCUGCGGGAAUCAUGGUUUGAUAGUCCAUGUUACAAAGAUUCAUACAUUCACUUGAUCGGUGAUUUUGAUACAGCAGGCCAUUGCAUCGUCAAUAAUUCUUACAACAUGAUCAUUCUUCACCCGGACCAUUUAGUUUCGGCGACAAUUGUCGCGGAUUCGAUUGGUUGCCAGCGGCGAGCUGUGCUUCAAGACCGUAUUAAAAACACCGGUGACAUUGGAAAGCCCCAAGUUUUUGGGAAUAUCUUCCAUGAAGUCUUCCAAGAGGCAAUGAAGGCCAAUCAAUGGGACAUAUCUUCACUAAGGUCCUUGGUCGAAAUGGUCAUUGUGAAGCAUAUUGAGGAACUGUACUUGAUCCACAUGAGCAUUCCUGAAGUUAUCGAUUAUGUGAUGGGCAAAAUCCCAGCCUUGAUCUCAUGGGCAGACACUUUCCUUAAGGAAAAGCCGAGCGCGCAAUCCCUUGUUGAAGACCGAAAUAGCUCCAAGCUCCGCCUGAGUAUCAACAAGCUACUUGAGGUUGAAGAACACAUCUGGUCUCCAAUGUAUGGAUUAAAAGGCAAUAUCGAUGCUACUGUGCAAGUUGCCUGCCAUGAUGGCGAGGGCAACAAGAAUUUGGUUGUGCCCCUUGAGCUUAAGACGGGUAACAGAGACACAAAUCAUGCUCAUAGGGCCCAGACGGCUCUCUAUACCCUUCUCCUUUCUGAUCGCUACGAUGUGGAAGUUACAUUCGGCCUUCUCUAUUACCUCGAGACGUCGAAAAUUUUCCGAAUUCGUGGCAUUCGUCAUGAGCUCCUCCAGAUGAUACAAGCGCGAAAUCGAGUAGCUGGCUAUAUGUGCCGAAGAACCCAACUACCACCCAUGGUUAAAAGGCAGGCUUUGUGCAAUAAAUGCUUCUCCAAGACGCCUUGCUUUAUCUAUCACAAGCUGGUUGAUGAUGGCGACGGCGAAUCAAGCGGGCUCGGUGAUGAGUUCGUGAAGGCUAUGGACCACCUGACACCCAGAGAUAGUGACUUUUUCCGAAAAUGGGAUGAUCUGCUCACGAAGGAGGAGCAAAGUAUGAUGAGAUUCAAGCGGGAGCUUUGGACAUUGUUAAGCAGCGAGCGGGAGGCUCUCGGCCGGUGCUUCAGCAACAUUGUAAUCGAGCCAGGGUCAGCCUUUGAAGACAAAGACGGGGUAAAGAUAAAUCGCUAUCGCUAUACCUUUGUCAAAAGACAGCCAACACUAUCUUUUUCUUUUUCUGAGUCACAGCUCACAGUUGGAGAGCCGAUCGUGAUAUCUGAUGAAAAGGGUCACUUUGCGCUUGCUAAUGGCUAUGUCGUGCAAGUCAGUCCGCAACGCAUCUCUGUGGCAGUGGAUCGCCGACUGCACAAUGCCAGAACCAAGUCCAAAGGCUUCGAUGCCAAAAUGAAUCAGACAUUCAGGGGCAUAAUGGAAAUUCCUGGUGCCGAUGCUGCUUCCUCAAAUCCAUCAGAUGAACCAGAAGAAGAGGUCGUUUACCGACUGGAUAAAGACGAGUUCAGUAAUGGCAUGGCCAUUGUUCGAGCAAAUCUAGUUGCUAUGAUGGAAAGAGACUUGUUUCAGGCCAAGAAUCUUAGGAGACUGAUCGUUGAAGGAUCCGCGCCCACAUUUCAACCCACAUUGACAGCGUACAAGAUGUCUGACACCGACAGAGCAAGCCUAAAUGUUGAUCAGAAACGAGCUAUUGAUAAAGUAAUGAGCGCUAAGGACUAUGCUUUGGUUUUGGGAAUGCCGGGGACAGGCAAGACGACAACCAUUGCCCACAUAAUUCGUGCAUUAGUAUCGCAAGGGAAAAGUGUGCUCCUGACAUCAUACACUCAUACAGCAGUUGACAACAUACUUUUGAAGAUUCGAGAUGACAACAUUCGUAUCUUACGCAUUGGAGCUGCAGCGAAAGUGCAUCCUGAGGUUCAGCAAUUUGCCGACCUUGCGGCAGUUCCCAAAAACACAAUCGAAGAACUUCAGGGGGCAUAUGAGGACUCGCAGGUUGUUGCAACAACCUGUCUUGGAAUCGGCCACAGCAUUUUUAGUCAGCGCAUAUUCGAUUAUUGCAUUGUCGACGAAGCCUCUCAGAUCACCUUGCCUGUAUGUUUAGGUCCGAUCCGAAUGGCAAGGACAUUCAUCCUGGUCGGCGAUCAUUACCAACUGCCACCUCUUGUGCAAAAUAAGGAGGCUCAAGAAGGGGGACUUGAUGUUAGUCUCUUCAAGCUUCUCUCAGAUUCUCAUCCGGCAUCAGUCGUCAAUCUUGAACAUCAGUAUCGAAUGUGCAAAGACAUUAUGCUCCUCUCAAAUACCCUCAUAUACUCAGGGCAGCUCAAAUGUGGUACCCAGGAGGUUGCUGCGCGAUCUUUGGAGGUUCCCAAUAUUGGCGGUCUCAGACAUCUUCAUUUGGACCAUUUCCAGCCCCCAGGGCAAAGGCAGCUCUGUUUAGGUACAAGUCAGGGUCGCUGCUGGCUUCGCGAUUUGGUCGACCCAUCCGCCAAAACCCGCCUUGUUAACACAGACACCCUAGCCACACCAGCCUUAGACGUCGCACAGGGGUCGCGUAUCGUUAACCCUACCGAGGCAACACUUUGCGCCCAACUCGUAGAAGCCUUCAUCUCUUGCGGUAUACCAGCACGAAGCAUUGGUGUCAUAACGUUCUACCGCAGCCAACUUUCGCUUCUGAAACAGAAUUUGCGCCGUCACCUGCCGGAUCUCGAAAUGCACACCGCAGACAAAUUUCAAGGACGUGACAAAGAAGUUGUGGUACUGAGCUGUGUGCGCAGCAAUUCAGACAACCAUGUCGGCGAUCUUCUCCGUGACUGGAGACGGGUUAACGUUGCUUUUACCCGGGCACGAACCAAGCUCCUUGUUGUUGGGAGCAAGAGCACUCUUCGUGGCGGUAAUGAGCUACUAGGCAAAUAUGUGAAGCUUGUCGAAGAGCAAGGCUGGGUAUAUAAUUUACCAAAGGGCGCUGUGGAAGAUCACGUCUUCGACUCUGACAACAUCCAUACACAACCCCAGCCACAAGAAGGAUCAACACCCAGUCCGAAGAAGAGUCCAACCUCUCAAAAGAAGGUCCGCAACCCUCUAAGUCCAGCACAAGCCCGAAAUGCUCCGAAGGGUCUCAGGAAGCCCGCAAAAAAGGGAGUUAAGCUGCUGAGUGGUAACAAGGUUCUUGGGAAUAGACCAGUGCUUCAAGAUGUGGUGAACGACCUUAUUGGAUGA